AUGCAGCCUGACGGCCUCAGCCAGGACGGCCUCAGCCAGGACGGCCUCAGCCAGGACGGUCUCAGCCAGGACGGUCUCAGCCAGAACGAUGCGUUCACUCAGGUGGGGACGGGAGGUGGAGCGGUGGGGACGGGAGGUGGAGCGGUGGGGACGGGAGGUGGAGCGGUGGGGACGGGAGGUGGAGCGGUGGGGACGGGAGGUGGAGCGGUGGGGACGGGAGGUGGAGCGGUGGGGACGGGAGGUGGAGCGGUGGGGACGGGAGGUGGAGCGGUGAGGACGGGAGGUGGAGACAAGGUGGGGACAGGAGGUGGAGACAAGGUGGGGACAGGAGGUGGAGACAAGGUGGGGACAGGAGGUGGAGACAAGGUGUGGACAGGAGGUGGAGACAAGGUGGGGACAGGCGGUGGAGACAAGGUGGGGACAGGCGGUGGAGCGGUGGGGACAGGAGGUGGAGCGGUGGGGACAGGCGUUGGAGACGAGGUGUGGACAGCCUAA